CGACGAUACUGAAAGCACAAAAAGUAUUUGGUUUAGAGUUCAGUUUUCAAAUUUUCCAUUAUAAUGAUUGCCAAGCUAAAGCAGCAAUAUGCGGAACGCUGGCAUUAUCCUCCAAGUGUGCCACCAGCCAAGUUGCGAUAUGUUGCGUGUGGAAAGGUAGCAUUCUACGGCCACAACGAUAAGCCGAAGUACAAGCCCUGCUGGCAGCAUCCGCUCAAUGUACAGGACCAAGCCCGCUUUGGAGUUUGCUGGGAGUAUCCGCCGGAGCGGUACAAGCGUCGUCCGCUUCCGCCACCGUGCCGGGGAUCGACAAUUCCCAUCCAUUUGCUGAAGCCAACCUUCAAGCACUGUGAGAAUAUCUACUCCCGCUACGAUUUUAGGCUUGAGCAGUGUGUGCACGAGCAAACUCUAGUUGUUGACCAGAAAAUGAAGGCCCUAAAGAAUGAGCUGGAACAGGCCAAGCCAUUCCAGAUUGAGAAGGUUAAGGAGAUGCGUUACCAUGGAGUGCGUUAUCGCAUUUUGGCCAGCUCGACCGGAUGCACCAAGACUUAUCCCGAGUACAUAAGCCGGAUGACCGAAGAGCGGGCCCUUUGCGAGUUCCAGAGAGCCUACAAUUUCGUCAAUCAGUCCCACACCGAUUUGAGCAAUUUAUACCUGGACAUGAGUGAGUCAAAAAAGGAGCUAGAUCAACGCGUAGCCAGGUUGGACCGGUCUUUAGAUAGUACAUUCUUGAAAGAGCUAGUUUCGGUGCUGCAAAUAAUCGAGGAUUUAAACACGUAUUUCUUUGGCGUAAUCGUGAAGCUGAAGACGUGGGCGGAACUGAUGGACCCUAUGAAAGAGCACUCUAUAGAGGACUAUCUGGGGCUUUUGUGUCAGGAGACGGACUUCCGGACUUUCAUGAGCGCCGGCAUAGAGAACUGCACUUGCAAGCGGUGCGACAAGAAGGAUCCCUUGAAGCCGUACCUUCCGUGCUGGUGUCAAAUGGAAUCUAGCGAAGAUGUUACAAAUCUUAAGAAUUUUGAUGACGAUUGUCCAAAGAACAUAGCUGGCAUCACGCAACACGAAAGUGACAUUGUGACACCCAGUGACACCUCCUUGUUAGUGAGGGCAGCGGAUGAGAAGGCCAGGCUUGCGGCGAAUCAGGCGGAUUAAAGUCUCAUGUUAUCAUUAUCAUUUAUUGGUUAGUAAAGUAAAUUGAAAAUCGGA